ACAGGAAAAAUUGCAAGUGAAACAAAGGCCACCACUCCAUCACCUUCCUCCAGCUCUGCGUGCAUCUGAGCCUGCAGCAAUUGCCUGUAAAUAAGAGCAAUAAAUUAUGGAUUUCCUCAGGACUAAUUAAUUGCCCAAGCCAACACAGGACGAUCUUUGUCCACUAAGCAGCAAAACCAAACAUUUGGAGGGCUGCAGGUUGGAGCUCUGCUACUGCCCUUCCGCUGUGUGUUAAAUGUCCCCAUUCAGCGCCAUCCAAGUGUGGUCCCAUCGCACCCUGCCCAGCGUUGACCUCUGGAUCGCACCGACCCGGUGCCGCUCUCGCUGCAGGUGCAGGACAGGAAGGUGCUGGCUGGGACGUGCAGUACUCAGAGGGCUUGGAAGGGCCACGGUUCAGUGGGCAUGGUGGUGAUGGGUCAGUGGCUGGACUUGGUGAUCUCUUCCAACCUUAAUGAUUCAAUGACUCUAUGACUCCAUGAAACAGUGACCGUGUCUUGUGGUGUUGAGAUGAGCCAUGCUCAGCAAUGUAAUUACAAAGGGAUUUUCUAUUGAGACUUUCUCGUGCUCUUGGAGCAUCCCCCAUCUCAUCUCUUUGGAGGUAUGAUGGGGAAGGAGUGAGCUCAGUGGGACACAUCAGGAGAAACAAACUAGGGGACCCUCUUGACCCCAAGGCCACCACGUUGUGCCCAUUCUGCAGUGCUUCCUGCUCCCGUUUCCCAAAUGUGAGUGGAUUCCCUCUCCAUGGAGAUAUUCAAGGUCAGGCUGGACGGGGCUCUGAGCCACCUGAUUGAGCUAUAGAUCUUAGGUUGGAAGGGACCUCAAAGCCCACCCCGCCCCAACUCCUGCCAUGGGCCGGGUGUCCCCAACAGCUCAGGCUGUCCAGAACCCCAUCCAACCUAGCCUUGAGCACCUGCAGGGAUGGGGCAUCCACAACUUCUCGGGGCAGCAGUGCCAUGGCCUCACCGGCCUCUGAAUAAAGAAUUUCUUCCUAACAUCUAAUGUAAAUCUCCCCUGUUUUAGUUUAAAGCCAUUUCCCAUUGUCCUAUCACUUUCAGACCACGUUAAAAGUUGGUCCUCCUCCUUCUUAUAAGCUCCCUCCAAGCACUGGAAGGCUGCAGUGAGGUCUCCCCUCACUGAGCCUUCUCUUUUCCAAGCUAAACAAGCCUGGCUCCCAAUCUUUCUUCAUUUGAGAGGUGCUUCAGCCCUUUGAUCAUCUUUGCAGCCCUCCUCUGGACCAGAAGAUGCCCUUGCUCAUUGCAAGGGAGGUUGGACCAGAUGACCUUUAAAAGUCCCUUCCAACACAAACAAUUCUAAGACUCUAUUCUAUCAGUGCUGCAGGUGGAGCCUGCACCAUGGGUUCAUCCCCUAAGUGAAUCCUUCCAGGGGGAAACACCAGAUCGCUCCUUCUCUCCCAGCCACAGCCCAUAAAUCCUCAUCCGUGCAAUAAAAACAAACUCCAGUAGUUCCUUCCCUGGGCUCUUUCCCAAAGCUUUUAGGCAGCUGGAGUUUGCUUUUGUGCUGAUGAAGCCGUGGAGGAGGGCUUAAGCGAAACAAUAUUGUGGCAGCUGAGAGGUCUGCUGGUGGUUGUUCAAACCUCAGUGCUUCAGCCAGGGACUAGCAACACCUCCAGAAUUUCAUCCAGCCCAUAAACAGGGCCGGUCCAAGUCCCAGGAUGUCAAAACAGGAUUUGAAAACAACAGCUCCAGGUCUGCAUCAGCCACCACUGGAGCACCACUGGGAGCCAAGUGCUUAGUGAAAUCCCAGCUCCCAGCUCCGAGAACACACAGCCUUCCCCAAAGUGCUUGGGAUGGAACAAAGUCAUCAAUCAGCUAUUUUCACUCCAAUCUCCGUAAACAGGAGCAAGCCCAGAGACACAGAGCAGAGGAAAAAAAGUGUCAGCUCCUUCUGGUGCCAUGGGCAGAGAGGAGUGGAAUGUGGCCCCACUGGUCCCUCGUGGACCUCACAGGGUGCAAAUCCCACUGACCCCCAGUGCAGUGCGGUGAUUUCGGUGACAGUCACUGCGUUGGUGUUGUAUUGGACAGGGGGGGAGGCACAGCCAGCUGGGUGAGCAUCAUGGCCAUGUUUUCCCCUGGUUUGAGCAAGACAAGAGCGAUGGACACAUCCUAUGAAGGAGCAUGGAGAGGGAGGUGGGGUCCCACUGCCCAUAUCAUGACCCUCGUGCACUAUCACAUCUUGGCACUGGGUUGGGAGAAAGCAUUCAGCAUGGCAGCGUUCCCAUUAAUACACUAUUGUUUUCUAAUUACACAUCGGUGAGCAAAUCAUGGAAAAAAGUCUGUAAGAGUUGGCGGGGCCUCCCAGGGCUCAUCACGAUGUGGGGCGGGAGGGAGACGAGGCUUCUCCAGCCCUUGGCCUUGUGCAGGGAAAUGCCAGCAAUGGAUAAGCAGAUCAUAGAAUCAUUAAGGUUGGAAAAGACCUCCAAGAUCAUCCAGUCCACCUACCACCAGUAUUACCCACUACACCAUGUCCCUAAGUACCACAUCUACACAUGCGAGCAGCAUCCUUCCCCAUGGCCACGGGCAGCAUCCUGCCUCCCCCCAGGCAUCCCUGGGCUGUGUUCAGCCCAAGUUCACACCAAGGCAACCCCUGACCUGGCUGCUCCUUGCCUGCUGGAUAAACAUUCUGCCACUUCUUGGCAAAUCCCAGCUUGUUUUCUUCUUUUGCCUCGUAAACAGAAACAGGAGUCAGCACUGGGCACCACCAAUUAGUUUUUAUGUGACACUGAUCAAUGUCCUCCUGCACUGCUCUCUCUGGCAGCGGGGCUGGGAGGGAUUACUAAGAGGGCAGCCCGUCCUUGCCGUCCCCAUCCUGUUCCUGUCCAUAGCUGAAUGCACACUCCAUGUUGUGCUGUGCUUCAGUAGGUAUGGCCCCACGGGAGUACGUGCUUGCACAUGGCUCCAAACUUCCUUUUGCAGAGUUUUAUGGGGGGCUCUUAUCAGGGGCUUUGCUGGUUGUCCCCACGGCUCAAGUGAGAUGUGGGCACACUGACUUGCAAGGAGGGUCCCAGCAGAAUGGCAUCCUGCCCCUGCAGCUCUGCGCUGCUCCACACCAUCAGAGAAUCACAGAAUAUCCUGAGCUGAAAAGAACCUGCUGGGACCAACUCCUGUCUCCACACAGGAUCACCCCCAAAACAUAGAUUCACUAAGGCUGAAAAAGACCGCUGAGAUCCCCAAGUCCAACACCAGCUCACCCCAAACCAUGCCCACUGACCCUGUCCCUCAGCACCGUAUCUCCAUGGUUCUGGAACACCUCCAGGGACGGUGACCCCACCACUCCUCGGGCAGCCUGUGCCAGUGCAUCACCUCUCUUUCCAAACUCUACUCCUGAGAGCGGUGUCCUAGCGCUCCCUGAGCUCUGGGAGCUUGGGGCUGUGCCCUGGGGAGCAUUCCAUGCCCACCGCCCUCUGGGGCAGAACCUUCUCCUGAUACCCCACGGGGUCCGAGCAAGCAUCUGGCCACGUCCCAUGUCCCCAGGACACCUCAAUGUACCCCAAAUGUGGGAAGCCCUUGGGCACUGGGGGGCACCACCUUGUCCCCAACCAGGUGAGAGCCCCAGAGCAUCCUCAUUGCAGCACCUGUGGGAUAUCCCAUAAAAUCUGCCACCGCCAUCCAUUUGGGGACCCAAUCCAGAGCAUCCCCCGCAGCACAGCCUGAUGACACUGCCAGCUCAGCGUCCCCGACUUGGCCACGACCCCAAAGCCCCACUCCCGCAGGGCAGCCCCGCAGCCCAGCCCCGUGUUUACCAUCACCUCGCCGAGGGAUUAUUCCGCCGGCGCUUUCCUCGCCCGCCCGGCCCGCUGCAGCCCGUGGCACAGUGCCAUCCCGGAGCCUCACGCCGCGCUAUAUAAGCGCUCUCUCCGCUCGGGCUGCGGGAACCGCGCGCUUCGCAGGCAGCACUGAGCCCCGGGGAAACCACGGCUCCGCAAAUCCCUUCGGCUGCUCCCAGCCCACGCACCCCAGAACAAGAGGACGGCACUCUCCUUCGUUGGGGGUUUUAUGGUUUUUGUAGGUCUGGGGGACGUGGGACAGCUCCAGGUCCUUGAGGAAGCUCCCAGCCACCUCUGGACACGAUGCUGGUCACCGCAAGAGGAUGGGUUCUGCUGCUGCUGCUGGGAGCCACGGCCAGCUCAGGUCAAAGGCUUGUGAGACAAGGCCUUGGCAGGAUCCAGAUAGGACAGAAAACCUUCAGACCAAUAGUGAUGCUCAGCCUAGAGGGUACAAGGAGCAGCUCCCGCCGGAUGGACCCGAUCUUCACCAGCGCCAGACGCACUCUUCUGGUGCAAGAUCCCAGAAAGUUUCUGUCUCCGUGGUCGAAAUGGAGCGAGUGCUCAGGGAAGUGUGGCCAAACCGGUGUGCAGAAGCGGACCCGAUCCUGCCUGGCGGAUCGCCUCUGGGGCGUGCACUGUAACGAAGUAAUGGAGGAAGGACGGCUCUGCAUCGGACACGUUUGCUCAGCCUGCAACAUCACCUGCCCCAUGGGCCGCGUGAACGCCGACUGCGACGCGUGCAUGUGUGAGGACGUGACCCUGCACGGAAAGGUCUCCUUGGAGGAUGGUUCACCAGCAGACAACGCCCGGGUCUACCUGCAAGCCAACAAUCUCAAGUUGUUGACAACGGCUGACGAUAAGGGCACAUUUAGAAUUCCUGGGGUCUGUCCUGAUGGCAGAAACACCCUUAAGAUAAAGAAAGCCAAAUACACGACUGCAGCCAUCACCGUGCCGGUGACCAACAGGAGGAACCUGGCGCUCCAAGUGCAGCUGAAGAGAUCAGGGAAACCCUAUGUUUUCAAGAGCCCUGAUGACAAGGCAAGGAGAGAGGGGCAGAGCGUGUCACUCUGCUGCAAUGCUGUGGGGACUCCAGCCCCAGAUCGCUAUCUCUGGUACCACAACGGCUCCCUGCUGGAUCCUUCCAUAUAUAGAUACAAAAACAACCUGAUUCUGAAGAACCUGAACAGAGCGCAGGCAGGAGAGUACUUCUGCAAGGCCGUCAGCGAUGGGGGUUCAGCGAAGUCCCAACCUGCCACACUUUCUGUAAUAGGAAAACAAGAGGCAGCCUGCAGCUCCCAGCCCCAAAGCCACCUCAUUCGUCUUCCGCACGACUGUUUCCAAAAAGCAACUGACUCAUUCUACUAUGACGUGGGGAAGUGCCCAGCAAAGACCUGCGUUGGGAAGCUGGAUAAGGGACUCCGCUGUAAGGACAACAUCUCCUAUUGCUGCGGGGUGUCUAAGAUGGAGAUGAGAGAGAUCUUGUGUGAUGGAUACACGCUCCCCACUAAAGUUGCCGUAGAAUGUGGCUGCAAAAAAUGCACCGAGACAAAAAUAACAGUUCGGGGCAGAGCUACAGCAGUGGAUAACGGUGAGCCACUGAGGUUUGGCCACAUCUACAUGGGGAACAAGAGAGUGAGUAUGACUGGCUACAAGGGAACCUUCUCUGUCCACGUCCCACCGGAUACUGAGAGACUGGUUCUAACCUUUGUGGAUCGGCUGCAGAAGUUUGUGAACACAACAAAAGUUUUGCCAUUCAAGGAAAAUGGAGGUGCUGUGUUUCAUGACAUUAAGUUACUACGAAAACAAGCCCCUAUUACACUGGAAUCCACUGAAACCAGUGUAAUUCCUUUGGGUGAGAAGGAAGACGAUGAUCCAAUCGCUGAAUUAGAAAUCCCUCCUGAUUCAUUUUACAGGAAGAAUGGAGAACCUUACAGAGGUAAAGUGAAAGCCAGCGUGACGUUUCUGGACCCAAGAGAACUCUCAACGGCGCCUGUGACACAAAGUGACCUGAACUUUGUGGAUGACGAAGGAGACGUGUUCCCGCUCCGCACGUAUGGCAUGUUUUCCGUGGACUUCACCGAUGAACAAGGAACGGAGACUCUUAAUGCAGAGGAUGUGAAGGUCCACUUGGACACUGCUCAGGUCAGGAUGCCAGAGCACCUACAAGAAAUGAAGCUUUGGUCACUGAACCCUGAGACAGGACUAUGGGAGGAAGAAGGGGACUUCAACCUGGAGAAAAGCAGACGGCGCAAAAGAGAGGAGCGGACUUUUUUGGUUGGGAACAUGGAGAUCAAGGAAAGGCGGCUUUUUAACCUGGACGUCCCAGAGAGCAGACGCUGCUACGUCAAAAUCCGAGCAUACAGAAGUGAGAGAUUUCUGCCAAGUGAGCAGAUCCAAGGGGUGGUGAUUUCUGUUAUAAACACGGAGCCAGAACCAGGGUUCUCCUCCAACCCCAGAGCAUGGGGCCGUUUUGACAGCGUGGUCACCGGUCCCAAUGGCGCUUGUGCACCAGCCUUUUGUGACGAGCAGAACCCAGAGGCCUACGCAGCUUACAUUUUGGCAAGCUUGGGGGGUGAAGAACUCGAAGCUGUGCCCUCUGCUCCCAAACUCAAUCCUAAUGCUAUUGGGGUCCCACAGCCAUAUCUCAACAAGCUCAACUACAGGAGAACAGACCAUGAGGACCCUAACACUAAGAAAACAGCAUUCAGAAUCAACAUGGCCAAGCCGAGUCCAAAUUCUGCAGAUGAGAACAAUGGCCCUAUUUAUGCCUAUGAAAACCUGAAAGAAUGUGAAGAAGCUCCAUACAGUGCUGCUCACUUCAGGUUUUACAGGAUAGAGGGAGAUCGGUAUGACUUCAAUACUGUUCCCUUCAGUGAAGACGACCUCAUGAGCUGGACCGAUGACUACCUGGCAUGGUGGCCCAAGCCCAUGGAAUUUAGGGCCUGCUACAUUAAAGUCAAAAUUAAUGGACCCCAGGAAGUGAACAUAAGGUCUCGCAACAUGGGUGGGACGCAUCCACGCACCAUUGGCAAGCUCUACGGUAUCAGGGAUGUCCGUAGCAUUCGGGAUCCUCAGCAGCAGGACGUGUCAGCAGCCUGCCUGGAGUUCAAGUGCAGUGGCAUGCUCUUCGACCAAGACCGCGUGGACCGCACGCUUGUGAAAGUCAUCCCACAAGGCAGCUGUCGCCGGGAGAGCGUUAACAGCAUGCUCCAUGAGUACCUGGUGAACCACCUCCCCAUGGCUACCAACAAUGAUUCCAGCGAAUAUACAAUGCUGGCACCCCUUGACCCACUGGGGCAUAACUACGGCAUCUACACCGUCACCGACCAGGACCCAAGGAUCGCCAAGGAAAUCGCUUUGGGCAGGUGUUUCGAUGGCACAUCAGAUGGCACCUCCAGAACCAUGAAGAGCGAUAUCGGUGUUGCGCUGACUUUCACCUGUUCGGAGAGGAGCGCAGCAGAGCAAAGCUUAUUUGAGACCCAGAGGAACUCGGGCCAGCAGUCCAUACGGGUACCAGCAAGGGAGAGCCCUGCAUACCAAAGGCCGGUGGGAAGCCGCCAGAUCACCCAAAGCAGAAUCCAGAUGAGAGGUCAACGUCCUUCCUCAUACUAGAGCUAUAUAGGAGCCUUGGUAAAGUCACUCACAUUUGAUUUAACCAUAAGUAUCUACCUGCAAACAGCUUAAUUCCAAGCAGGUAGUUGUCAGUAUUUUUGAGACGUGAUGCUCCCCCCUCCCCUUUUUUUAUUUUUGCAUUGCACCAGAAAGGAAAGAUAUAAGGCCAAAAUUGGGAGGCAGUACUUGUAGUGAGUUCCUGCCUUACCAAAAGUGUAAAAAAAAAAAAUCUGAUAUAAAACAACUUCACCUGAUAGCCUAAAGGGAAGACUAAACGCACAGUCCAAUUAAGUCACAUGCAUACGACAUUUUCCUAUUCUGCAU